GGCAAAGAUGAAGCUAAGGAUAAACCAUUAUGCAUGAGAUCAGUCCACCUUGGUCCAGCCCAUUUGGUUUUGCUCUUUGACAUACAUACGAGCCCUAUGUCUUAUUCCAACUGAGAGUGGCUUACAAUUCUAAUUCAUUUCAUUCAGGUCUCAGUCUUUCUUUUUUGAACUUGGUUUAUAAUCCCAAUGGCACGAACGCGGAAUGUCAUGGUUGCCUCUGGCUUAUUGGCUUUUGCAGCUGCAGGCUUAGCAUUUCCAUUUUAUUUUGCGACAUCCAGGAGACCUGUGGACUCAUCUAAGCCACUUCCUCCGCAGGCAACUUUUCGAGGGCCUUACAUAAACACUGGUUCACGAGAUGUUGGACCUGAUCACCAGACUUACCCAAAGAAAUGAUCCUUUUUGUUUGAAUAACUGCUGUUGGCUGUAAGUGAAUGUAUGCUUACUGCACACUAUGUGAAUUCACAAUGUGUUUGAACUUGGGCAUUCUUUUGGACUAAUGGAGGCGUCUGUGGAGGCUGAUCUAUAAAUUCACUUUGCUUUCUACAGCAUUAUGAGUG